AUGAACCUUAAGAACUUGUUUCGGGCCGACCCAAUGCUUGCGACAAAAUGCGACGGGGAGGCAUCGUUAGAUGGGAAUCUUAUGCUCCUCAUGCAUGGAAUCCAGAAUCAAGCAUUUUCGAAGACCCCAAUAUGCAUAAUAUUGGGCCCUAAGCAUGACCAGGUCCUCAAUACGCCUGCGGAGUGCAAGGAGCAGAAGGUAGGAGCAUGA